AGAAAGCAGUUAGAAGAGCUCUGCUUGUUUCGAUCACCCCUUUUGAAUCAAGAAAACUUCAGUUUCCUAUUUCAUGUCAUGGUCUUUUACCUUGACUGAGCUAAACUGACUAUACGUUUUGUUCUUUACCUUCUUGCUGUGAUGACACGCUGCAGUGAUAGUGGUGAGGAAAACACAGAGAACCCUGACAAAAAGCAGAAGAAGAGAAAGAAAACAGGAAAAAAUGUGUCUUUCCCUCCUGAUGAACAGAUAGUUUCCGGUUUUGCCGAACAUGCAGACAGAACAGACAAAAGCUGUUUCACCCUAACUGAUGUAAUUGAAGCCUAUCAGCAAAGUUGCAGUAAAUAUCAGGUCCAACCCAUAGAAAACAUCCUGCGGCAGCUUCAGCAGGGUGUGUGUGGAGGAGGCAGCGUUGAAUGUCUGGAUCUCAAAGGUGAGCGAUUAGACCACCGCUCCUGUGAAGCUUUGGAAGUCGUCCUGAAAUCACUGCACUUUGAUUUCAUCAAUCUGCAGGCAGCGCAACUGGAGGAAAAUGGAGCAUCGUCCUUGCUGGAUAUGAUUUUGUACUAUGAAUCCACAACGUAUCUUGACAUUUCUGACAACAGCAGUAUGGGAACAUCAUCUUGGAGGGCCCUCGCUCAUUUGAUAAAGCAGAGUGCAUGCUUGUCCAGACUGGAUGCUUGCAAUGUGUCCCUGUUGGACUAUCGUGUCCAGUCUUUAUCUAAAGCUCUGCUAACCAGCCGCCUCAAAGUGCUCCACCUAACCAACGCCCAGCUCAGCGGCAAGUCUCUGUUCACACUGGUUCAAGCCUUGAAGGCUAACAGAGCCUUACAGGAGCUCCAUCUUUCCAACAACCAAUUGAACAGCUACCAGGACGCCAUGCAGCUGGGAGAUCUGCUGAGAUAUAACAACACUUUGCAAAAGCUGGAACUCAGUAACAAUGCUUUAGCAGAUGGCGGGUUGGAGGAGCUGUGUGAGGGUCUAUCAAGGCAGACGAAAGGUGUUAAAGGCUUAAUCCUCAAGAACAACCACAUCACACAGAGAGGCAUGAAGUACCUGGCCAAAACUCUGCCAGGUCUGAAGGCCCUGGAAGUUCUGGAUUUAGGGGAUAAUCUGCUGGGUAAUGAGGGCAUCCAGAUGAUCAGGGAGCCGCUCAUGUUGAACAGUUCAGUGCUGCAUCUUGGCCUUGCCCAAACAAACAUCACCUGUGAAGGUGCUGUGGCGCUGGCUGAGUUCCUUGCUGAAAGUCGUCUGAUUCAAAGGUUGGACCUCCAUCAGAACAAAGUGAAGCUUGGAGGCUUGAUGGCCCUUAGUCUGGCCCUGAGGAUAAACAGCUCUCUGACUGAUCUGGAUGUUGACCCCAUACCUCCACAGGAGCUGGAUGAGUUUAUGAUGGAGACUCAGAAGAAGCUCCAGGCAGAAAUCACCCAUCACUGCAACACCAAUGCCAGCCAACUCCAAAGAGAACCUUCAGAGAGCUGAAGCAGAGUGAUGCUCGGUCCAUUUGCCCACAUCAUGAACGACCAUGAAGGUGUUUCCUUCAAUCUAAAUAUGUGACUCAUCCACAAAUGUAAAAAAA